AAUUAGGCCUAGGCAGGAUAUAUGUAGAGGUAACAGUAGUGGCCGUCUUUCGCAGUUUGUGAUAAGUCGCUCUCCGUUCCACAGGUCCCUACUUCCUAUUUUGCCCAAUCUAAAGCACCGCUACACUACUACUCUUUUAUGUACUUGUUCUUCCUCUUCUUCCAUACCCAAAAAGGAGAAGAGAACAUCUUCUUCACCCUCCACAACUCCAUUUUCAUUUUCAUUAGGAAGCUUAUUGGCUGAUUUUUUGGCUUAUUUGUUGUGAUUCAUUUCUGGGUUCUCAAUUUUAGAACAAGUAAAACUGAAAAGAAGAAGAAAAAGAGUGUAGAUACUGAGACAUCAGGUGAUUUCUUAACUUGGGUAGGUUUAUAAUUGAGGAGAACUGAAGCUGGUGGGUGGUCUUCGUGUUAAUUGCUGUUGUAGGAACGAUAAUCAAUCAGAACAAAAAUGAAUUGUGGAGCAAUGAAUGUUGCAUCAACUCCUUCCUAUGCUUCUCGGAAUCCAUGUCUCUCUUCUUCUUCUGCUUCUCGCAAUUCGAAGUUCCCACUGCUGUUGCCGCAAGCAAUUUGUACCCCUCAGAGGAUGUUUUGUUUCUCUAAUCUCUCAAAAUAUAAUACUUCUUGGGGAUUGUCUAAGCAACAGCUGAACAAGUGGAUGCUGCCUUUGGGAUCAGUGGUGACUUCCAAAUUUCAACAUGUAUCCACUGCACCUCUCAUUGGUGAUGAGAGGAUAGGAGUAUUGUUGCUCAAUCUUGGAGGCCCUGAGACUCUUGAAGAUGUGCAGCCUUUCCUCUUUAACCUUUUUGCUGACCCGGACAUUAUACGCCUGCCAAGAUUGUUUCGUUUUCUUCAAAAGCCCUUGGCACAAUUCAUAUCUGUUGUAAGGGCACCCAAGAGCAAAGAAGGCUAUGCUUCAAUUGGUGGUGGUUCGCCUCUACGGCAGAUAACUGAUGCACAGGCUGAGGAAUUGAGAAAGUCUCUUUGGGAAAAGCAAGUCCCAGCAAAGGUGUAUGUUGGUAUGCGCUAUUGGCACCCAUUCACUGAAGAAGCCAUUGAACAGAUAAAAAGAGAUGGGAUCACAAAGCUUGUUGUGCUUCCACUUUAUCCACAGUUCUCAAUAUCAACCAGUGGUUCAAGCCUUCGUCUCUUGGAGAGUAUAUUCCGAGAAGAUGAGUAUCUUGUUAACAUGCAACACACAGUGAUACCUUCCUGGUACCAGCGUGAAGGAUACAUAAAAGCCAUGGCAAAUUUAAUUGAAAAGGAAUUAGAAAUAUUUGACUGUCCUGAGAAGGUUGUGAUAUUUUUCAGUGCUCAUGGGGUGCCACUUGCAUAUGUGAAAGAGGCUGGUGAUCCAUACAAAGCAGAGAUGGAGGAAUGUGUGGAUUUGAUAAUGGAAGAGUUAGAAAAGAGAAAGAUCACUAAUUCAUACACUCUUGCCUAUCAGAGCAGAGUUGGACCUGUGGAAUGGUUAAAGCCUUAUACUGAUGAGACAAUCAUGGAACUUGGAAGAAAAGGGGUGAAGAAUAUUCUUGCUGUCCCAAUUAGCUUUGUUAGUGAGCAUAUUGAAACUCUUGAAGAAAUUGACGUUGAGUAUAAAGAGUUGGCUCUUAAGUCUGGUAUAGAAAAAUGGGGACGUGUCCCUGCACUAGGAUGUGAACAAACCUUCAUUUCAGAUUUGGCAGAUGCUGUAAUUGAGUCUCUUCCAUACGUUGGAGCUGUGGCAGUCUCAAAUCUUGAAGCUCGACAGUCUUUAGUUCCACUGGGCAGCGUGGAGGAGCUGUUGGCGACAUAUGAUUCAAAGCGCAGGGAGUUACCACCACCAGUGACAGUGUGGGAAUGGGGUUGGACAAGAAGUGCAGAAACUUGGAAUGGAAGAGCUGCUAUGUUGGCAGUUCUUGUUCUAUUGGUACUUGAAGUCACCACCGGCGAGGGGUUUCUACGCCAAUGGGGUAUGUUGCCGCUGUUUCAUUGACUAAGAGAAUGUACAUAAAUUACACGAAUUUGUAAAUUUUGUUUCAUACACAUAAUAUAGGAUAAAUCAUCUUGACCCCAGACUUUUAAUUGAAAUUUCACUUAGCGCACCUACUUUUAGUUGCAUCCCAUUUAACACUUUAUAAAAAUGUAAAUAUUUAAUCUCUAUAAUUGGUAAACGUGUAGUUGUGACUUGCUUGUAUUUUGACUUUUCGUUACACUUUUAUAAAAUUUAAGGGUUUAAUAGUUA